AUAGAAAACAAUAAUAAGUUUAUGUUCAUUUCUUAUUUAAAAAAUUAAUUAUUCAUUUUAUUGGUAAACAUGGCAUCUAGAUUUAGCGGGGCAUUACAAUUGACAAAUUUAGAUGAUUUUAUUAUACCGUCGCAGGAAUGCAUUAAGCCCGUAGAAAUUCAGAAAAUUAAAAAUAAAGUAGGAUCCAAGAUUAAAGUUGAAGAUGAUGGAUCUUAUGUAGAAAUGACCCAAGAUGGUCCUUUAACUAAAUUACAAAAAGUAGAAAUUACGUUAUCCGAUUGUCUGGCUUGUAGUGGCUGUAUUACUUCUGCGGAAAGCGUUCUUGUAACGCAACAAAGUCAAGAGGAACUAUUGAAAGUAUUUCAAGAGAAAAUAGAAAAUUUACAGCAUAGUAAAGAUAAUGUAAAAUUUAUUGUAGUUAGUUUAUCGAUACAACCUAUACUCUCUUUAGCAGAAAGGUAUAAAUUAACAGCAAAAGAUGCGGCGUUAAAAUUAAGUGGUUUCUUCAAAAGCAUGGGUGCUGAUAUGGUUUUGGAUAUGAGCGUAGCCGAUGAUUUUUCAUUGCUCGAGUCUGCAAAAGAAUUUGUUGAAAGAUAUAAAUGUUCCAAAGAGGGCUUAAAUAAUAAACUGCCUAUGCUUGCGUGCUCUUGCCCAGGAUGGGUUUGUUAUGCUGAAAAAACGCAUGGAAAUUUUAUACUCCCUUAUUUAAGUAAAACAAAAUCACCGCAACAAAUUAUGGGAUCUCUAGUUAAAUAUCAUCUUGCUAGUAGUAAAGGUUUAUCUCCGGAGCAAGUCUAUCACAUAACACUUAUGCCCUGUUACGAUAAGAAACUUGAAGCUUCAAGGGAAGAUUUUUAUAAUAGCCUUAAGAAAACUAGAGACGUUGAUUGUGUCAUUACUGCAAUUGAAUUGGAACAGAUGUUAACGCAACAAGAGAAAAAUCUCGAAGAUUUUGAUAAAGGAGAGAUCGAAAAACCUUUUCAAGUGCCUGAGCAGCUGACCGAUGUUUUGUUAGGUCAUCAAGGCUCUGGUUCAGGUGGAUAUGCAGACUUCAUAUUUCAUUACGCAGCAAAGCAUUUGUUUGAAGAAAGUGAUGCUAAAUUAGAAUAUAAGAGCUUAAAAAAUCCAGAUUUUCAAGAAGCAGUUUUAGAAAGAAAUGGUAAAGUCAUUCUCAGAUUUGCCAUUGCUAAUGGCUUCAGAAAUAUACAAAAUCUUGUUCAAAAAUUAAAACGUGGAAAAAGUCCUUAUGAUUAUGUCGAAGUAAUGGCAUGUCCAAUGGGUUGUUUGAAUGGUGGAGCUCAAAUAAGAUCACAAGAUGGUAUGCAACCUCGGGAAUUAGCUUCAAAACUUGAAAUUGAAUAUCACAAACUUCCAAAAAGUGAUCCUAAACAGAAUAUGUUACUUAAGCAUUUGUAUGAUGUUUGGCUUGAAGGAGAAAAUUCUGAAAAAGCUUCAGCCUUCCUUCAAACUGAGUACCAUGAAAUAGAAAAGAUGAAUACUGCAAUUUCUAUAAAGUGGUAAUCACUGUCACAGUGAUUAUUAUUAAUUUAAGAUACUUUCAGUCUGUAAAUAUGUAUUUAAAAAAAGGAAAUUGGU